AUGCACCUUGAGAAUGCUCAAGACUGCCAGCAUUCAUCCACACCAUGCCCUCAUCCUGCACAACAAGAGGUGACAGUCACGGAAAAUAAGAUCAAUGCCCUCAUUAAAGCAGCAGGUAUAAAUGUUGACCCUUUCUGGCAAGGCUGGUUGCAAAGGCUCUGUCCAAGGUCAACAUUGGGAGCCUCAUCUGCAAUGUGGGGGCUUGUGGACCUGCCCCAGCAGCUGGUGCUGCACCACCAAGAGGCCCUCCCUCCAGCCACUACUGCUACCCCAGCUGAGGAGAAGAAAGUAGAAGCAAAGAAAGAAGAAUCUGAGGAAUCUGAUGAUGAUACGGACUUUGGUCUUUUUGACUAA